AUGGGAUUAUCAGAUUGGACAGAACUGCCUAAGAACCUAUUGGAUUUAGUUUUACAAAGAUUACAGUUACCAUCAGAUUAUGUGCGGUUUAGUGCUGUUUGUAUGUCGUGGAACUCAGUAGCAAAGGAUAAUUUAAGAAGACAUACUAGGUUAACUGGUCCUCCAAUGCUCCUGACUUAUACGGGCAAAGAAGAGACAUGGAAUUUAUGUGACAUGAGGAAUCAGAAGGUUCUUGAUUUCCAAUUGAAAUUACCAAACACAAGGUUUUGUGGGUUUUCUAUGGGAUGGUUGAUAACUAUCGAUGAGAAUUUCAUAGUAACCCUUAUAGAGCCGUUCUCAAAAGUUACAGGGAGGGGAGAGAGAAAAAAUUCAGUGGUUAGCCUUCCACGACUAAACCCUCCUGGGAUUAAUGAAGGAAUUAGGACUGUAUUAUGGGAUAAGAUCUAUGAUUUUUUUGUCUUCAAGGCUAUAAUUUCUACAGACCCAAUAUCAAAUGCAAAUGGUUGCAUCAUUGUGGUCACAUACGAGGAUUCGACGCGGUUAGCUUUUAUUAGACUCGAUAAAGACACAAAAUGGACUUAUAUUGAUUCAAAUAUUUGCAAUAUUACAGAUGUUGUUUAUAUUGAAGAUAAAUUAUAUGCCGUUGAUGUUACGAACCGACUUUUUUCGUUUGACAUUACUACUAGUCAAUUCAACUUCACACUGGUUGCAGAAGGUUUUAAUCGACCGGGAGGGUUCUUUAAGACAUAUCUAGUGGAGUCAAGUAAUCACAAAGAACUAUUGAUGGUUCAUAGGUAUAUGCGUUAUCUUCGCCGACGACAUCAGCCACGUUUGACAAAAAAGUUUAAAGUUUUCAAAUUUGACGCCGACAAUCAUAAGUGGGCCGAGAUAAACACUUUGGGUGAUGUUUCGCUCUUUGUGGGGGACUCUGUAAUGUCUGUGAUGGCUUCAAAUUUCAUCGGUUGUCUACCGAAUUGCAUAUAUUUUAUACAUGAUUGGGAUCGUUCGAUUCAUCGUCGAUGA